GUUUUGACUCCUAGUCCUAAACCAGCUCCCACGCCGCCAUGAUGCAGCCGCCGCCGCCACAUCAGCAGCAGCAAUGGGCAAUGGCGCCCCCGCCCCCGCCGCAGUACUACCAGGCGGGGCACCCUCCGCCGCCGCCCCCGCAGUUCUACCAGGCGGGCCCUCCGCCUCCCGCUAUGUGGGGCCAACCGCCACCGCAGGCGGCGGCGGCGCCGGCGCCGGCCGGCGGCGGGGCGGGGGACGAGGCGAGGACCCUCUGGAUCGGGGACCUGCAGUACUGGAUGGAUGAGAACUACCUCUAUAGCUGCUUCUCCCAGGCUGGCGAGGUUAUUUCCGUGAAGAUAAUUCGGAACAAGCAGACUGGGCAACCUGAGGGUUAUGGUUUUAUUGAAUUCAGCAACCAUGCUGUAGCCGAACAAGUUCUGCAGAACUAUAAUGGUCAAAUGAUGCCCAAUGUUAAUCAACCUUUCAAAUUGAAUUGGGCUACCAGUGGGGCUGGUGAGAAACGUGGAGACGAUGGUUCAGAUUAUACUAUAUUUGUUGGGGACUUGGCCUCGGAUGUUACAGAUUUCAUUCUACAAGAUACGUUCAAGAGUCGUUAUCCAUCAGUUAAGGGUGCAAAAGUUGUCUUUGACAGAACUACUGGCCGUUCGAAAGGCUAUGGUUUUGUAAAGUUUGCAGAUUCGGAUGAACAGACACGGGCAAUGACUGAAAUGAAUGGACAAUACUGUUCUAGCAGGGCCAUGCGCCUUGGACCAGCAUCCAACAAGAAGAAUACUGGUGGACCACAACCAUCGAGUGCUAUUUACCAGAACACCCAAGGAACUGAUUCUGAUAGCGAUCCGAACAAUACUACUGUAUUUGUUGGCGGCCUUGACCCGAGUGUGACUGACGAGCUUCUGAAGCAAACUUUCAGUCCAUAUGGAGAGCUUCUCUAUGUCAAAAUACCUGUAGGAAAGCGCUGCGGAUUUGUCCAAUAUUCUAACAGGGCAUCAGCUGAGGAGGCCAUAAGGGUGCUAAAUGGAAGCCAGUUGGGAGGUCAGAGCAUAAGGCUCUCAUGGGGCCGUAGCCCUGCAAACAAGCAGCCUCAGCAAGAGCAGAGCCAAUGGAGCGGUGGUGGCUAUUAUGGGUAUCCCCAAGGAUACGAUCCAUAUGGCUAUGCUCGGCCCCCUCAAGAUCCUGCCAUGUACGCCUACGCAGCAUAUCCAGGGUAUGGAAAUUACCAGCAACAGCCACCACAGCAGCCCCCGCCACAACAGUAAUGAUGUCCCGAGAGUGAUCAUUUGCAAGCUGGUCGCAAAGUAGCUGGGGGGUUGGGGCGCAGCAACUUUGGUGCGUUGGCAUGAGAAAUUUUGCGGCGGUUGCUUGUGUUGUGUUGUAUUGUUCCGACGCCCUUGUACACGUAGCCUGUGUUGUAACUGAAUUUUUGCCGAGGCCUUAUGAGUGACUAGUGUUUCAACUGUAACUGGAUUGCACAUUUUUGUCGCAAGGAAUGUACUAUUAUUGUGUGGCUCGUGCCGCUUUGAACGCUGAGUCCCGGUAUUAAUUUUUCUUC